UCGCGUGGAAUGUCAAAUUAACAAGAAGAAGCAUUUCAUAUACAAAAAUUCAAAACAACAUUUUCUUGCGAAAUUCGAAAUGUCCGAGGAAGUGACCACCGACGCAGUGGCUCCGCCGGCGGAGCAGGCCUCCAAGCUGACCAAUGCCCAGAAGGCGCGGAUCGAAAGGAAUCUGGCCAAGGCGCAGAGAUUGCGGGAGGCCAAGUUGGUUUUGCAUCCCUUCAAGGAUCUGGCCAGCAACAAGGACGGCAGCCAUCCGGAGGCGGCCCUCAGCCAGGGAAGCUCUGUGAUUAAGGUGCAGGGCACCAAGUACAUCGACUCCGGCGGCGGCUUCCUGCUGGAGCAGCCCGUUCUGCCCGCGGCACCGGGUGCAGCCGGUGCAACCGGUCUCAGGUCCGCCGAGGAGGCCCCGCCGAUCCUGGACGAUGCCAUCGCCAUUCCCGUGCAGUACGAGGAGUGCCUGGAGUGCGGCGACAUGUUCGCCGACUCCUAUCUGUUCAACAACUUUGGGCACUCGGUGUGCGACAAGUGCCGCGACAACGACGACCGCCAUGCCCUGAUCACCCGCACAGAGGCCAAGGCCGAGUACCUGCUGAAGGACUGCGACUUCGACAAGCGGGAGCCCAAGUUGCGCUACAUCAGCCGCAAGAAUCCGCACAACGUGCGCUGGGGCGAGAUGAAGCUGUACUUGCAUCAGCAGAUCCAUCAGCGCGCCCUGGAGGUGUGGGGCAGCGAGGAGGAGCUGGUGCGCCAGCACGAGUCCCGCGAGGACAAGCGCGAGGUGGGCAAGGCGCGCAAGUACAACAAGCAGAUGAAGCAGCUGCGCAUGGAGGUGCGCAGCAGCAUCUACACCAAGAAGACGCACGCCGUCCACGAGCACGAGUUCGGCCCGGACACCUACAACGAGGAGGAGGACACCUACACCCACACCUGCCUCACCUGUCCGUACAGCGAGACCUACGAGAAGAUGUAGGGCUAACACUAGUUUGUAGAAGGGGCAUUUGAUUUGAUUUCCCCAAAUGAACAGAAGAGAUUGCAAGAGCAUGUGAGCCUAGUUUUGUAGAUGGUGGUUCUCCAUUCAAGACCCCAAAUGAUUUUUGUGAAGAAUCAGUAAUGCUGCUAAAGAAAUAGUUAACCAGCUCUUUUUUUGUCUAAGUUAAGGUCCCUAACUUAAGAAACUUAUGCUAUAAACAAACAAUUAAGAAACACUUUGGAGUUAUUUGAAAACCUUGGCUGGCUUGCCAACAAUACGAAUAUGAAGCCACUGCCAUGGAAUUAAUCAUUUAACAAAUAUCUUUUUCUUCUUCCUGGAAUUUUGUCUUAUAAUUUCAAAGAAUCUGAAGUGAAUAAAUAAAAUUUGAAUCAUUAAAUGGAAAUGGAAAUGGAA